AUGACUGAUCCCUUCAACAUGCACGGUCAAGACACAACCGAAGGAGCUUACCUGAACCCUCAAGGUGGCGCAUAUGCGGAGCAUAACGGAGACCACGAUCAGCGAGUCGGAGGAUUCGCUUCUAUGCCUGUCACCAACGGCCCUCAGUACCACGCACCCCAGUCUGCACUGCAGGAAGUCCACUAUUCCAACCAGUCCCCUCUCGCAAUGGCCCCUCCGGAUACCUCGACUGAUGCCUUUGCUCUCCACUCAAAUGCCAUCUUCCCGAACAUGUCCCAGUAUUCACUUGACCGGCUGGCUGACUUCAACCGGGCAACGUCAUUUCAGCCUCCUGCACCCAUGGCAGUGAACCUGCAACAUCCCAUGCAUCACUCGCCAAACAUGGCCGCAUUCACAGGAAGCAACUACGUCUACUCUCCUUCCUAUGCGGGGCAGCGUGGCAUGAACAUGCCUCUGGCAGGCAUCAAUGACUUUGCUCGAAGCCACGGAUAUGUGGCACCGGCCCGACCCAGCGAUCUCUCUGACUCGACUCGGACAGCCGUCACUCAGCCGUCUCCUCCGGUUAUCUCUCACGUCACUUCCCGCUCACCACCGUCGGUCGAGUCACUCCCCUUCGACGGAACCGCAGUGGUUGAGACCGUUGUGGCGGACUUUGGAGGAACGCAGCAAGUGAUCACCCCGGAAGUCGACGCGAAGAUGAAUCGCGGGUUCUUCAUCGCGGAGGAUGGCAAGUGGACAUGCUACCGGCGAAACUACUUCUCCGUGACGUGCGGCUUCAGUCUCACCCCAUGGGUCGCCAAUCCCGCCGUCCCUCUCUACCUGCGCCGUGCAGAUCAGAGUCCAGAGCUGAUCCGGGGCUGGGGGAUGGCGAUCUCGGCCAUCGUCAACGGGCAGUACGGAGAGACCCGGGAGCUGGUGCAGCAUACGCCGAAGCGCGACAAGCAGUCGGAGCACCGGCCAGAGAGAGUUUCCCUCCGGGCAUCGCCGCCCAUCUCACUGUCCUCGUCCAGCAGCAACAGCAACGGCCACGGGCCCGGCAUGUCCCUGGACUACAGCGGCUCCUUCGGCGGCGCCCCUCAGCUGCCACAGUCCCACACAUUUGAGCGCCUCCAGUUUCAAAAGGCCACUGCGAACAACGGCAAAAGACGCGCUCAGCAGCAAUUUUACAAUGUGGUGGUCGAACUGCAUGCUGAGGUGGCCGAUCCCAUCCACGGAGGCACUCAGUGGGUGCUGAUUGCCCGUCGACGCUCGGAUUCGAUGGUCGUGCGUGGCCGAUCCCCCGGCCACUACAAGGACAGUCGCCGGGACAGCACGGCGAGUAUGGGUUCGGACGGACGCCCUGGAGCUGUCAGCGGCAGCACCCUUUCACACAGUCUCGGUGCAACCGCGCGCCUGCCGCCGCAGCUGUAUGAGCCAGCUGCUCCUCCGCCUCCGCCUCCUUCUGCCGGUGGGAACCUGCCAUAUGGUCGGGCAGAAAGUCCCAUGGCGCACUCGUCGGCCUCGUCCACGUUUGAUUACGCCAUGGUCAACGACACGAUGGACCCAAUGGACACAUUGAGGCAGGGUGCCUCGAUGUACCAAGAGGCCCACGAUGCCUUCGCUGGGGUGCCCAAUACCCAGCGCGCGACCGGCCAUGGCUUCGAUCCGGUCUACUCGUCGUAUGGCGGGUAUGGCCCGGCGCAGAACCAUCGGGGCCCGAGCGGCAGCUGA